AUCAACGUGUCACAUUCUCAUUGGAUACUAAUCCCGCUAUAUAGUCUCAUCACUCUCACUCGAUACCCAAAGCCCAACAGAAGUGACUGCGAAAAUGGCGAGCUCCAGGUUGCUUACUCUUUCUUUGCUUGUCCUCUUUGGAACCCUAACUCUGAUCCAGGCCAAGAACCCAAAGGAAGAUUUAAAAGAGAUAACCCAUAAAGUUUACUUUGAUGUUGAGAUUGCUGGAAAACCUGCUGGUCGUGUUGUCAUGGGUCUUUUUGGGAAGGCUGUUCCUAAAACAGCAGAGAAUUUCCGUGCACUCUGCACCGGGGAAAAAGGAGUUGGAAAGAGUGGAAAACCACUUCAUUAUAAGGGGAGCGCAUUCCACAGGAUUAUACCCAGCUUUAUGAUCCAAGGUGGUGACUUUACACUUGGUGACGGAAGAGGUGGAGAAUCAAUUUAUGGAGAGAAGUUUGCUGAUGAGAAUUUCAAGCUGAAGCAUACUGGACCAGGGUUUUUAUCAAUGGCAAAUGCCGGUCCAGACACAAAUGGUUCACAAUUUUUCAUCACAACAGUGACAACUAGCUGGUUGGAUGGCAGGCAUGUCGUAUUCGGAAAGGUACUUUCUGGAAUGGAUGUAGUUUAUAAGAUUGAAGCUGAAGGCAGGCAGAGUGGCACACCGAAGAGCAAGGUUACAAUUGCAGACAGUGGUGAACUCCCUCUGUAAUCUGCUCUUUUUUGCUUUUCUUGUAAUGUAAUUGUUUAAAUUUCCAUUUUCCCUUCCUCUGCGAACACAUAUUAACCUGAGGUGAUGUACUGAGGUCUUUUCACUAAAAUGGCUCUUUAGCUAAUGCUAUUGUGCGCACAUCACAUUUAGCAAAACAGAUCCUACUUGUUAGAAA